AAUAUCGUGAUGUACUGCUUCGAGAAGCCCUCUGAAGUCCAAACAUGGAAGGUCUACCUGGCACCCAUCGGGAUGAUCAUGUCCAUCCUUUGUCUGACCUUUCUGAUUCUCCUCCAUUUCUCCACGAAGAAGCUCUUGAACCUCCAAGGUUACUGCUUCCUCUGCUACUCGAUCUCGCUCCUGCUGGCGUAUGUCGGGUUCUUCGUGAGUUUCAAGUACUCGAAGCAAAUGAACAAUAUGCACUGCGUUUUCAAUGCCCUGUUCAGCCAGUUCACUCUUCAUGCAGCGUUCUUCUGGCUCAGCGUCAUGUGCUUUGAUAUCUGGAGAGUGAUCAGAUCCUCGGUGAAGUUAAUCCCCUUGGCGGUAAUCCUAGAGAAGGACAAGCAGAAAUUCCUCCUGUACGCAUCCUUUGCCUUCGGGUGUCCCUUGGUCAUCGUCCUGGUGACGCUCCUCAUGCAGAGUCUCCCGAAUAAGGCCACCAAGGGGUUGAUCGUCCCAGGGUUUGGAGAGGAGUCCUGUUGGUUCGCAGGUGAACUGGCGCAGUUCCUCUACUUCUAUCUAGCCAUAGCAACGUUGAUCGCCCUGAGUCUCUGCAUACUGGGUCACGUGACCUACAUGCUGCGCCAAGCCGAGCCAGGAAUGGGGUGUUGCCUACGCAAGAGCAAAGGUCCCCGAGCCUUCAACAGGAAGCAUCUCUCGUUAUUUCGUCAGAGGCUGAUGAUCUUCGUCUUGAUGGCCAUCUGCUGGUCCGCAGAAGUACUUUCCCUGUGGAUCCCGCCCAAGGACGCCUGGGUCGUCACCGACCUCCUCAAUACACUUCAGGGAGUCUUCGUGUUCAUCAUCUUCUUACUGAGCAAGCAGAAGAGGCAGCUGGUGAAAGAGAGAUUGCAUAAGAUAUUCAAGAAGACCAAGAAGACACUGCAGAAAACCAACAGCAACACGGAGAGCACGGCUGGAAGCACCGAGCAGUCACAGAGGGAGAUGGCGAAUGCCCUCUGGGACACAAGUGUCCUCCGGCGGCCAGAAAGGAGUCUAGCCAGAAAGGAGUCCAGCGAGAAAAGAGCCCAGCAAGAAAGGAGUCCAGCGAGAAAAGAGUCCAGUGAGAAAGGAGUCCAGCAAGAAGGGAGUCUAGCUAGAAAGGAGUCCAGCGAGAAAAGAGUCCAGCGAGAAAGGAGUCCAACGAGAAGGGAGACUAGCCAGAAAGGAGUCCAGCGAGAAAAGAGUCCAGCGAAAAAGGAGUCCAACGAAAAAGGAGUCCAGCGAGAAAAGAGUCCAGCGAAAAAGGAGUCCAGCGAAAAAGGAGUCCAGCGAGAAAAGAGUCCAGCGAGAAAGGAGUCCAGGGAGAAAGGAGAGUUUCUCAGCCGAAAGGAAAGGAGUAAGGAGAAAGGAGUCCAGCGAGAAAAGAGCCCAGCGAGAAAGGAGUCCAGUAAGAAAAGAGUCCAGCGAGAAAGGAGUCCAGCGAGAAGGGAGACUAGCCAGAAAGGAGUCCAGCGAGAAAAGAGUCCAGCGAAAAAGGAGUCCAGCGAAAAAGGAGUCCAGCGAGAAAAGAGUCCAGCGAGAAAAGAGUCCAGUGAGAAAGGAGUCCAGCAAGAAGGGAGUCUAGCUAGAAAGGAGUCCAGCGAGAAAGGAGUCCAGCGAGAAGGGAGACUAGCCAGAAAGGAGUCCAGCAAGAAAAGAGUCCAGCGAGAAAGGAGUCCAGCGACAAAGGAGUCCAGCGAGAAAAGAGUCCAGCGAGAAAGGAGUCCAGCGAGAAAGGAGUCCAGCGAGAAAAGAGUCCAGCGAGAAAAGAGUCCAGCGAGAAAGGAGUCCAGCGAGAAAAGAGUCCAGCGAGAAAGAGUCCAGCGAUAA